GAGGAAGUAAACACGGAAGCAUGCAUGGCUGUCUGUUGACAGUGACAGGAACAUAGCGUAUGAUAGCCACGGUAAAUUGCUGCAGAAAGACUGCAAUAGGCCUGGAUUAGUGCAGAAGGUGUCAAUAAGAUGUCAGAAGCUGAGGAAAUUGAAGUAGAUAAGGACACAGCAAAUCCAUCCAAGGCCUGGGAGAGGAUCCGUGUCCACCAGCAGUACAUUAAGGGUCCCCACCUAGACCCCAGCACCCCUAUAACAGAAGACAAAAUUCGCUUUGUAUGUAUAUCUGACACUCAUGGAAAGAUUGAGAGGUCACCAUUACGCAUGCCUCCAGGAGACGUACUGCUCCACGCCGGUGACUUUACUAUGACGGGACAGAUAAAAGAAAUUGAAAGAUUUGAUUCCUACUUAGGUUUUCUGCCAUACAAAGUAAAGGUGCUGAUUGGAGGGAACCAUGAUUUGACUCUAGAUGAAGACUUAGGUGAAGCGAAUCUUAGGUCUUUUGGAAUCCAAAAACCUGAAAUUGAGACUUAUCUUAAAUCUAGAGGAAUAAAGUCUGUCAAGCAGAUGUUAAGCCAUGCUUUGUACCUACAAGAUUCCUCAGUCAGUAUAUGUGGAAUUAAGAUCUACGGUUCUCCCUGGCAACCUAGGUUUGGUGGCUGGGGUUUCAAUGUAGAAAGAGGGAAAGAACUUUUACGGAAAUGGCAGAAAAUUCCUACAGAUACUGAUAUUCUUAUAUCUCAUGGACCCCCAGUUGGACACGGUGACCUCACAGGGGGUAACAAUAAUGUAGGCUGUGUGGAACUCCUUAAUACAGUACAGAAGCGAGUUAAACCAAAGUAUCAUGUGUUUGGACAUAUUCAUGAGGGAUAUGGGGUGACCUCAGAUGGAUAUACAGUUUUUAUAAAUGCCUCGACCUGUACCAGGAGAUACCAGCCCACAAACCCACCAAUCGUGUUUGACUAUGCCAUUCCAGAGGGGCACAGUAAAGAAGAGCUUUUAUCUAUGGAGAAGGGUUCCUGAUAUCAAUCAAAUCUUUUCUUCUUUUUUUUCAUGUUUGUCAUACUUGAGUAUCUAAAUCAUUCAGAUAUUAUCAUGAAAAAACAGUUUUAAAAAUGUUGAAUAUUGGCUUGAUUUUUUCCUUCUGUGUUUGCUAGUCCUAUUGUCCUUAGUAAAAUUCAAAACUUGGUAAGUGUUGAAUAUAAUAUAGCUCUGAGAAAUGAAUUUUUAAAUUAGAGAGAAAUUAUAUAUUAUUAGAAUGUAAUAUGAUUUAAUAUUAUAUUUCUGACAGUAACUGUAUUCUCAGGUUUUCAUUUACAUGAAACUAGGAGAGAGAGAGGCAGAGAGAGAGAGAGAGAGAGAUUGUCUGUGAUACUGAUUUCUUGCAUUUUAAAAUGUUUUUUUUUUCCAAGGAAUAUGUUCAGGAUACUGAGCAGCAGUACCCCAUUUCACCAAUUUGUUUACAAAAGAUUCAGACAAUACUAUUACUAGUAGAUUUUUAAAGGGCUAUAAACUUAACAAUGUUGCAAUGAGAAUCUUUUAGAGUUUGAUCAACUCAUUUAAUCCUUAUGUACCUGUUUAAAACUACUUUUACAUGUACUACAUAAUCGUAAUAAAGUUUUAUGCUGUUAUUUUAUGUGCAACGUUUUUAUCUUAUUUUGAAAGUAUUGAAUAUUGGUAAAUAAAAUCAUGUAUAUGUUAUAUAUUGUUUUUUAAUUAGAUUUUUUAUUGAAAUUCUAUACAUUAAUUGCUGAUUGAAAUUCAUGGACAAGUUGUAAAUAUAUGUAUGGCGGUG